AAGGCUUGUGGUACGGUGAGUCGGGAAAGCACUUAACUCCGUGUGUAACAAGUUGCUGCGUGGUCCUAUCAUAAAAAAUAAGAAACACAUAUUUACUGGGGUAAAGCAAGCAAACAUCUACGGAGAGCGAGGAGGGACUUUUGGUUGUAUGGCACCUCAACUGUGCGUCAUGAAUCCUGCGCAGGGAUCGCCACCUUCGGCCGCACCGGGGGACAUUACCGCGGAGGAGCGCGCCUCGGGGGGCUCCGCACCCGAGCAGCUCGACUCGUCACCUGUCGCCAGGUGUAAAGGCAAAAGUAUGGAUCUGCCUUUCAGCGUGGAGUCGCUCAUGUCGGACCGGACGCAGGCUACAUGUCAGCAAUCCACGGAGUCCAGCGCGCGGAUGGAAGAGGACGCGGGGAGAGCUUCGCCGGUGGAACUUAAUCGGUUCAAAACAGAGAACGUGGAUGUCAACGACAAGGAGAGCAGCCCCUGGUUACAGUCUUCCUACGCAUCACCUCCCAGACUCCCCAGCCCGAGCCACUGCAACCUGCGCAAACACAAGAACAACAGAAAACCCCGAACUCCGUUCACGAGCACUCAACUGCUGUCCCUGGAGAGAAAGUUCCGCCAGAAACAGUACCUGUCCAUCGCCGAGAGAGCAGAGUUUUCCAGCUCCCUCAGCCUGACAGAGACACAAGUGAAGAUAUGGUUUCAGAAUCGCAGGGCAAAGGCCAAGAGACUGCAGGAGGCCGAGUUGGAGAAAUUCAAGCUGGCAGCCAAGCCGCUGCUGCCGGCCUUCGCCUUCCCCUUCCCCGUGAGCGCACCCAUGGGCGCACCGGCCCUCUACGGGGCUGUGAAUGGCCCGCGACCUGCCUUACCGGUACCGAGACUAUUCGGUGGACCCUAUGGGAUGUACUACUUGUCUUAACACCGCAUUGAUUGGACACUCUGCGUGUAUGAGUGUGUGUGCCUUUACAUUUAAAAUGAUCUCCACGCCACAAAGCAACAUGUUUAAUGAAGAAAUUUACGUGAGAAUAUUUAUUUGGUUGGAAAAAAAAAACUUUCAUGUAAAAUUGUUAACAAUGAAUAAACACUAUAGCGAAUAUAUAAGCCGUUAAAUAAUUUCUAGGAGGCCUUAAACGUUUUACACUUGGCUGGUUAAUUAAAAAUGGUCAUUUUUGCAGUGUAAAAUGCUGUCAAAAAACAACAAAAUGCAUAGCUUUUAAAAUUCCCUUUAAAAUGAGAUGUUUUCUGUAAAACAUAUUUCUUAAAAAUGAUUAUACUUUUAAGACUGAAGGUAAAAAGCAGAAAAUUCUGUGUUUUAACUUUGAAUGGAUAUUUAUGUACAGAAUUUGAACAGGAUUUACAAGCCAAAAAUGUAUUUUGUGACCUUCCUAAAAUGUUAAUCCAAAGAUACAAGUAGCCUGUCCAACAGCAUGACACAGAAGAGCUAUAUUAAGCAAUAAUUGUAUUCAAAUUUAAAAUGGAUCAUGACCUUUCCAUGUGAAUUUAUAAGAUACUCCACAUUAUGCAACGUCAAAAUAUGUUCGUUUUCCCAACAUUAAUAAUUUUUACACUAUUGACCUUUAAAUUCAAAUGUACUUUUUUUCCCUUCCAAGAGAACAGCAAGCACCAUUUGUGUCUGUAAAUAAAAAAAUGAUGACUUAUUUUAUACUCAAGAGUGAUGAAGUGUAUUUUAUAUAUACUUGUUGGCUGACAUUUUUAAGGGGCGCAAUUAAAGUUUAUUACAUAUAUA